UUAUUGUGUUUCGAAAUUAAUUGAUAACAAUGUUAUGAUUAAAGACAACAUUUCAUCUAUAAAUCGCCAUUUGAUGACAAGCAAUGACAGCUCAUAUAUAAAACACAAUUCAAAGAAAAAACACGAUUUGACUGAUAAAGUGGUGAUUAAUAGAAGUGAUGAAAGAUUUAGUUCAGCUAAUGAACAACCAUUACCUCUUGUAAUCUCCAAAUUACGUGAUGAAGUCGAUGUAAAGUGUAGUAAACGUAUCAAUAAAAUGAAUGCAAAUGAAGACGAUUGUGCUCUGCCUUUGGAUUUAUGUGUUAAGAAACCAAAAGAUGAAAUCAAAGAUACUUCUUCUGAAAUCAGAAAGACAUCAAUAUUUGCUAAAUCCAGUGUUGAUAUCAACCAUACUUUCAAUAACAAGAGUCACAACAUUGCUGGCAUCUCAGCUAUUAAUACUCCACAAUAUAAUCCAUUAUAUCAUUCCUCGAGAAAAAGAGGUCGAAAACCGAAAUCAAUUUUGGCCACAACUAGUGCUUCAAGCAAUACAGUUAGUAAUGUGACAGUUCCCUCCAAUUUGAACGCAUUGACCAACUUUAGUGACAAUAAACCUCGAAAGAGAGGCCGACCUCCAACAUUGUCACCCCCUUUACCCGGUGUCCAAAGCAAGCAACCACUAGCAGCUCAUAUAUCCCACGUGACUAAGGCCUUGUCCUCUUCGAGUGCCUUUCAACACCAUUUGCCAUAUAUGAUGUUAAAUGCUCUCCAACCGGGAUUUAGUCAUCAAUUGCAAGCACUGGCCAACAAUGCAUUCUUUUCCGAUAAAUUAAAUGGAAAUGAAAUGUUAAAAUUUCAUAAAAACAGUGCGAAUGUCUCCGAAAGUAGUGAUAAUAUGGAUUCAAUGGCCAGUGAGUCUGAAUCUAAUGAUGAAUCGGGAACCGACUCCGGUUCACAGGUCAAUCGUUUACAUACUUCUGGAUAUAACAACAUGUUUGGUGUCAAUGAAAACGAAUUAAGGAUUCCCUUUCAAUUUGGUUGGAGACGUGAAACAAGAAUUACAAAUAUUACAAAUUCCGGCGUUGAAGGAGAAGUUGUCUAUUAUUCUCCCUGUGAUCACAAACUUAGAACUUAUUCCGAUAUCGUUAAGUAUUUAACUAAAAAACGCAUAACAAAUGUAUCGAAACGUUAUUUUGAUUUUAAUCCACAAGUAGUUCUCGGAAAUUAUAAAAUCAGAAGCAAUAGUGGAAAUGACAUGAUUAUAUCAGAGAAAGAUUUUUGCAAACAAUUGGAAGAAUUGAGGCGAAUGCCGGGCAAUAGGGUCGACAAUAAAAGAAAGUCCAGCAAUGAUUCAAUUAGUGGCGAAAGUAUUUCUAACAAAGAAACUCAUGGGAAGAAUCACGGACUCAUGGAUAGGACCAGAGCUCAGAUGCCAAGAGAUGCCAAACGAGCCAAACUCGAAGCACUUAAAAUUAAUAUAAAAGAACAACAACAGCUGGAACUGAUGAGGUUAGAGAAAAUCAAUAAAUCUCAACAAAUAGAAGAAGCGAGACGUAAAAAACGUGAAGAAUUGGAAAAACAAAAACAGGAGGAGAUUCUCAAAAAGGAAAAAGAACUGAAGAGACAACAAUUGGAACUGAUUCGUGAACAAGAAAUUCAAAGAAGGAGAGAGUUAUUAAUAAUGGCAGACUUAGAACGAGAAAGAAGACGUCAACAUAUGAUGUUAGUCCGAGCAUUGGAUACACAUAAGAAAAACGAAGAAAGAGAGCGAAAGAAAGAGGAGAUUAUUGCCGAACGUCUGAGACUUCAAGAGAAGAAAAUGCAAAAAAGAAAGUUAGAAAUGGAAUUAAUGAGAGAACUGAAGAAACCGGUUGACGAUAUGAUGCUUAAAGAUUUACAGCCAUUGCCGACACUAAAUCGAAUUCCCGGUCUUAAACUUCCCGGUAAAGUCUUUGCCGACACUUUAAUGGUUUACGAAUUUCUUCAUAAUUUUGGUGAAACUCUUGGCUUUGAUAUGGAUAGUCUUCCCACACUGAAUACUCUAACUCAAGCUUUGCUUAAUAUUGAUGAGGGCUCUGAAGAGGAGCUCCUUUCAGUGAUUCACCAUUUAUUGGUUUGUGCUAUUGAAGACCCGGGACUUCCAACUAAUAUGACAACAAUAAUGGGACAAAAGCUUAAAGACGCGCCCAUUACUAACUAUAAUAUCACUGAAAUUUUAAGACUUUAUUUCCAAGCAUUUAAUUUAAAUAUUAGAGACGAUAUUAAAGAAGAAAGAAUUGAGAGUCAAAUGGUUAACAUUUUGGGAAAAUCGGUUACAUUUCUCGCUCUCAAUGCCAUCAAAAAGGCAGAAAUAUUAGCCUUUUUAUGCAACGAACUACUCUGUAAUCAAGCGAUUGUUAAACAAAUUGAUGAAAAUAUCGAAACAGUUUCUAAUAUUAGAAGAGAUAAAUGGAUUCAUGAAAAUGAAUUGAGAAAAUGGAAGACAAUUAAAGCUAAACGAGAGAAGAAAUCGCAGCAACAAAUGGAUGAAAACAAGAAGAAUGAUUUGGAAACAGUUGAAGAAGAUAGAGAUAGUGCCGAUAGUGAUGCUGAAGAAACACAAAAUGGAUCGAUUAAUACAACCAAUAAUGACUCUGAAGACGAACCAGGACUGACUAACGAAGAAAUCGAUAAGAAAAUUGAUAAAUUGACGAAACAGUUCAAUCAGAUGAAUAAUAAGUUAAACAAAGCUAUUAAUAUGUAUAGAGUUAGUCCAUUAGGACAGGACAGGUAUAGGAGGAGGUAUUGGGUUUUACCAAAUGCUGGCGGAGUGUUUGUCGAAGGCAUUGAAUCCGGAGAACCAGAAGAAUUGGCUAAUAAUGUUUGGACUGAAGAGGAACUAAAUAAGUGUAAUGAAGUUAAAGAUGAAAUUAAUGAAACAAAGUGUGAAAAUAGCAAAACUGAUUCUGAAUUACAAAAAGAUUUAAAUAAUGAGAACAACGAGGAAAACAGUAUAGAAGAAAAAGAAGAGAAAGAAGAAAAUGAUAUGAAUGAAAAUGAAGACAUUAAGGAGUUGGAUGAAGAUGAGACAAAUGGUACGGAAAAAGUGAAUGACAUCAAGAGUGAAGAUAUUAAAAAAGAGUCGGACCAACAAAUUAAUGAAAUAACACACAAUUUUAAUGGUGUCUUAAGUAAAGAUGUGAAAUCUGAAACAAAUACAGAUACAGAUGUAAAAUUUGACACAAGUGUUACAAAUGAUGUGAUAAAAAGUGACUUAAAAAGCAAUACUAAAACGGAUACAAAUCUCGAAAAAGUUAUUGACGAUAAUGUGUCUUCAGAUAUCACUUCUGCGCUACAAAAUGAUAGCCAAUGGUUGUCUCCAUUUGUUACUCAAGUAUUAGCCGGCUCUUUGCUACUUAACAACGGAACUUCUCAAUUGAAUAAUGGUGUUUCAUCCACGACAUCGUUUGGAUUAAAUUCGAAUAACAGUUCAAACUCAAAGUCUACUCAACCGGAAAAGACAUGGUUUAGUGUUUUGCCUCGAAUGCCUUGUGAUGAUAGUGUUAGUCCCGAUGAAAUGGAUUUAAGUUUAUGUGAGACUAACAAAACUCCAAAAACAUUAAUUAAAUUGAAUGAUUCAAAUAAUUCAUCACAAAAAAUACAACAAUUGCCACUUUCAUCUCUAAUAAAUGGUUUGCCAUCCAAUUUGUUUAUGCAAGCAUUCCUUUAUCCACAUAUAUUGAGUUCAUUAUUUAAUCAACAAAAUGGUGGCAAUGGUCCCUGUCCUCCAGAUGCAUCGCCCUUGUCUUUUAGGGCCUCAUCGGUUACUAAAGACUUAAAUAACACGACAUCUACAAUGUCUCUAAAUAAUGAAUCUAAUUGUGAAACACAAGAAACUAUUAAACCGAUGUUUGAGACAAUAAAUGGCGACCUUUUGUUUGAUAAUGAAAUCGAUAUUUGUCCGGCUCUUAAAAACAGAAUUAUUCAACAGAGAGAACAGCAAUACGAAAGACCACAGAAAAUAUCAAAUGAGUAUCAGUUCGGGUGGUGGAGGAUAACAGAUGCCUCACAAUUGAGAAAUAUGAUUGAAGUAUUGCAUAACAGAGGAAUUAGAGAAAGACAUUUACAAAAACAUUUAAUUAAAUAUCUAACAUAUGCUUCACAGUCCUGUAAAUCAAAUGUUGCUGAACUUGAAAUUACAGAUUUGGACCGAAAAAUUGCAGAAAAUUGUUUAUUUGGUGCACCAAGAGAUGGCAAAUGUCCUCAUGAAGAAUGUGCUUCAAGCGAUUGGUGUCAAGAAGUGGCACUACGUUUUGAUAUUACAGUUUUAGAACAAAUAGAAGCACUCGAAGAGAAGAUAACGACAUCGAGUAUGCAAAUUAGAAAUUGGAAACCUUUGCCUAGAAUUUCAAACGAUGAAGAUAUGAAUUUUAAAGCUGCGGCUAAUUUUGUCGGUUUAAUAAAACGAAAAAUUGAAUCGGAAGAUAAUGAUGACAAUGAUUGUGUAAAAUUAAAUGAUGAUAAUAACGAAUCUCCACUUUCAUCUAAAGAGUUGUGUCCCGAAAUAGAUGGUGUAAAUCCUGUGUUUGUGGCACGCGAUCGACUUCUAGCACUCGAAGCUGUGAUAGAACGGCGUUAUUUAAAGCCGCCCUUAGGUUUCAAAAGUAAUACAAUUCUUAUAUCAACCAAUAAUUCAGACGCCGGAGCUUCAGAUGAAUACAGUGAGAACGCGGCCGACGAGAAUGCGACGAGUGGUCUCUUGAGAUGGAGGGAAGCCGUCAGAGAAAGUGAAUGCAGUUCUCAAAUCGCUCUUUGCCUCCACUUUCUUGAAGGUUGUAUUGCAUGGGAUAAGUCUAUUAUGAGAGCUAGCUGUCAGUUUUGUGGUUCCGGUGAAAAUGAAGCACAACUUCUUCUUUGUGAUGGUUGUGAUAAAGGAUAUCAUAUGUAUUGCUUUAAACCAAAAAUGGAGUCAAUUCCUGAUGGCGACUGGUUUUGCUUUGAAUGUCAAAACAAAAAUACUAUCGACAAAGUGUGUAUAGUUUGUGGCAAAAAAGGAAAACUUUUGAAUUGCGAUUCUUGUGCUAAAGUGUUUCAUCCAAACUGUUUGGAUCCACCCAUUAAUAAACCAUUAAAAGGCAAAUGGAUUUGUCAUAUGUGUGGACGUAAACCAAAGAAACCAAAUUCUCAGAAAUCAUCGAAGAAAUCUCAUAAUUAUUCAUCAGAAGAAAAAUUAAUUGAAUCGAUAAAUAUUGCUUCGACUCCUAUAAACAAUACGCCGGAAAAGAGUUCAGUAAAAGAAGUGUCAAAACGAAUGUCGAACGGAACAAAUAAAACAGAAAAAGAACCGAAAAAAGACAAGAAAUCUAAACAAUCGGAUAAAAGUUGUGAAUUAAACUUUUGUAAGAAAAUCUUAGAAGCCAUGGAAGAUAAUGAGCAUUCGUGGCCAUUCUUAUUGCCCGUUAAUACCAAACAGUUUCCCACUUAUAAAAAGAUAAUCAAGAAACCAAUGGACACGACGACAAUCAAAUCCAAAUUGGAUGCCUCGAGCUAUAAAAAUAAAGAAGAGUUUUCACUGGAUGUGAGGCAAAUAUUUGACAAUUGUGUUACUUUUAAUGAGGACGAGUCACCUGUAGGACAGGCCGGUCAUAAUUUGAGAGCAUUUUUUCAGAUCAAAUGGAAAGAGUAUUUCGGUAGUUGAAUGAUAUGAAUGAAUGAUUUGCAUUUUUUAGACAUCAAAUUGUUUUAUAAGAAAUUGUAAAAUUAUUAGAUGAUUAUUAUAAUUAUUUAAUUUAUUUAUUAAAUUAAUUCUGAUUUUAGAUUACAUUUAUAAUACAUUUAAUGAGACAUUAUUUAGUUGUGCCUCAAUUGCC